AUGGCAUCUUCUCCGGUGCCCGGCUCAGUCCGAGGCCAGUCUAGGACUCAACUGUUGUCCCCUCAAACCGAAAUCCAAAGCCUGCUAAAAGCUGGAAUUAAACUUUUCCGUGACAAUGAAGACCUCCGAGCUCUGGCGGCAUUCAAGAAAGCUUUCCUACUCUCGAGUCGCCUUCCAGAGCCCCCACACACGCAGGCCACCUGCCUCUUCAACCUGGGGGCCGCGUACAUCGCCACCGGCAAACCCAAGAAAGGCCUAAAAUGUACCCGGAAGGCAAAGAAAAUGGGUGCCGCCGUGGAGAAAGACGGCGACUUCUCCUUCAACAUUGCGGCGGCUUAUGACAACUUGCGAGAGUACGCAAAAGCCGCCGAGUUUUAUGGGAAGGCGGUUCAUGAAUAUGAGGCCGGGGAGACCCCCAAUGCCGCAGAUGCCCUGGUCAAGCUCGCUUACUGUUUGGCCAGCACAGGUGACUCCGCCUCAGCUGCUGGGUCCUUCCGCCUUGCUGGCUGGGCUUACCGAGAGGCACAGCAACCGGAAGACGCGGCCAUGGCCAUGCGGGAGGCAGCCAAUUACUUCCUGCGGAGCCCAAAGUACCACCCAGAAGAUGUGCUGGAGGCCUUGCAGGUGUGCAGCCAGCUGUGCAUGGGCAUAACCAACCUGGAACUGCUCGGCAAACUCCACAACCACCUGGGCCUGCACUACGCCGAACUGAAGCACUUUGGCCAAGCAGAGAUGCAUUUUGCCGAAGCCCUGAAGCUCUGCAGCGGGGAGAACUUCACGCUCCGCAAGGGGGCCGUCCUGCUGCAAAACCUGGGGGCCAUCUACAAUGCCAGGGGGGAGCCCCAGCAGGCGCUCAAGUACCACAGCCAGGCGGCCGACAGCUACGGAGCGCUGGGAGAGAGGGCCAGCCAGGCCCAGUGCCUCUACAAUCUGGCCAGUGCUCACAGCCAGCUGGGGAACGUCCACCGUGCCCAGCUUUACUAUCAGCAGGCACUGAAGGCUUUCGUGGAGGCAGGCGAUUCGUAUGGUGAGGCCCAGGGCUGCGAAGGACUGGGGACCGCCCACCUCUUCAUGGGCCACCCGGAUCAGGCCACCCAGUAUUACAAACAAGCCCUGGCUCUGUUUGAAAAGUCAAAGGAAGCACCUGACGUCCCCCGAGAGCGAAUCCUGGAGAAACUGGCUGACAUCGCCAACUAUCGAGAGGCUGUCCCGGGUCGCAGUUCCCACACGGGUGGCAUUGCUGACUCAGGAGCAGAUCUAGAAGAGCAAAGAACAGAGGAUAAUUACAUGCUAGCGGUUGGAAGGCCUGAUUUGUUCUGA